UCUCUUAAGGCAAAAUGAAGCAGAGGAGUUUCUUAUCAAUCCUCUGUUUUGUUCUUCUAACCUUUGGUGUUACCUCAGUUUCAGCACAAACAUGCAUACAGAACCGUAAGAAUUUCAUACCCAACGGCACAUACGAUUCAAAUCGCCGUCUCAUCCUCUCUUCUCUUCCUUCCGAUGCCGCGUCUCAAGAUGGUUUCUACUACGGUUCCAUUGGAGAAGAGCCGAAUCGAGUCUACGCAUUAGGGAUGUGCAUCCCAAGAUCAACUCCAAGUGACUGUUCUGAUUGUCUAAAGGGCGCGGCAGGCUGGUUGAUACAGGAUUGCGUCAACCAGACAGACGCAUAUUAUUGGGCACUUGAUCCAACGCUGUGCCUUGUGCGUUACUCCAACGUUUCUUUCUCAGGAUCUGCAGCUUAUUGGGAAAUUGAAUCUCAGUAUUUGGUCUUGAACACUGCAACCAUCGCCUCUGAUCUGACAGAUUUCAAGACAAUAUGGGAAGGAUUGACACUUCGUAUGAUUGCUGCAACCUCCGCAGCAAGAAGCACACCAUCGUCCAGUAAUAACUAUUACAAAGUUGAUUUUGCAAACUUGACAAAAUUCCAGAAUAUAUACGCGUUGAUGCAAUGCACACCAGAUAUAUCCCCGAGUGAUUGUGACAACUGUCUGCGACAAGGCGUACGUGAGUACCAGUCAUGCUGUGGUAAUAACACAGGAGGCUAUGUUAUGCGGCCAAUCUGCUUUUUCCGGUGGCAGCUUUUUACAUUCUCUAAGGCUUUUGGUAACAUUACCUUGGCUCCUCCUCCUUAUCCUCCUCUUUCUGCUCCUCCACUGCAACGUCCUGUGGUUGCGUCACAACCACCUUCUGCAGACGAUCGGGCCAAUCCCAAGACUACAGACAAUAGCAGCGUAAAUAUGUCAAUGAAAAUUAUUGUAGCAAUUGUUGUGGUUGGUGUAGUCAUCCUUAGCAUAUUUUUGGGACUUAUUGCUCGCCCGUUUGCUCGGAAGGGAAAAUCAUAUCAAGAAGUUGAACUUAAUCAAACUGGUAUUACAUCUGUACGCUCUCUGCAAUACAAAUUUAGCACGAUUGAAGCUGCAACAAAUAAUUUUUCAGAGAGCAAAAAACUUGGUCAAGGUGGAUUUGGAGAUGUUUUCAAGGGUACGUUGCCUGAUGGAAAAGAAAUUGCUGUCAAGAGGUUGUCAAGAACGUCAGUACAAAGUAAGAAAGAGUUCAAGAAUGAGGUUGUUCUUGUAGCGAAACUUCAGCAUAGAAAUCUUGUUAAGCUUCUCGGUUUUUCCGUCAAAGGAGAAGAAAGGGUCAUAGCCUACGAGUUUUUUCCUAACAGAAGUCUGGACUACAUCCUCUUUGACCCUAAAAAGCAAGGGGAGUUAGACUGGGAAAAGCGGUACAAGAUCAUUGGAGGGAUUGCUAGAGGGAUUUUAUAUCUCCAUCAAGAUUCACAACCCACAAUCAUACAUCGUGACCUCAAAGCGGCUAACAUCCUCUUGGACGCUCAUAUGAACCCGAAAGUUGCAGAUUUUGGGACGGCAAGGAUCUUUGGGAUGGACCAAAGUGUAGCUAACACAGAGAAUCCAGCUGGAACUCUCGGUUACAUGCCCCCAGAAUAUAGGGACCAAAGACAAUUCUCAAUGAAAUCUGAUGUGUAUAGCUACGGAGUCUUAGUUCUUGAGAUUAUAUGCGGCAAGAGGAACACAAGCUUCUCAUCUCCGGUUCAUAAUUUCGUCACAUAUGUCUGGAGGUUAUGGAGAAGCGGGUCACCACUAAACCUUGUGGACCAAGCAAUUUCAGAGAAUUAUAAGAGUGAAGAAGUAACAAGAUGCAUCCACAUUGCCCUCCUAUGUGUUCAAGAUGAUCCCACAGAUCGUCCCGACUUUUCGAUAAUCAUGUCGAUGCUCACUAGCAAUUCCCUCAUAUUACCUGUUCCUAAGCGACCUCCAUUCCUCAUUCCAGAUAGGGCCGGCUCUGGGCCCAACCAAUCUACGAUGAGGUCAAAUUCCCAAAGCAUGAAUGAUGAAACUUGA